AUGGCGAAGAUCAAGGCAGUCGAGUAUUUUCGCGUCAAGCCCCGCUGGUUGUUCGUCAAAGUCACCGACGAUGAAGGCCUGAUCGGCUGGGGGAGGGCACCCUCGAGGGCCACUCGCUGGCAGUUGAGGGCGCACUGGACGAGAUCAUCGCGAGAAUUGUGGGCUAUGAAGCAGAGUACGCAAGCCAUUACGAUCUGGCGACUCGGAUUCUACCGGGGCGGGCCCGUCUUCAUGUCGGCCCUGUCGGGGAUCGAUAUUGCGCUGUGGGAUCUGAAGGGCCGGCGGCUAGGCGUACCGGUAUACCAGCUGCUGGGUGGCAAGGUACGUCACAAAGUGCAGGUGUACGCCUGGAUCGGAGGGGACCGACCGUGUGAUGUUGAGGCCGCAGCUAAGGCUCGCAUUGCUCAAGGCCUCAAGUGUGUCAAAAUGAACGCCACCGAGGACGUCAACUGGCUGGACUCGCCCGCCGUGCUCCAGUCAUGUGUGGAGCGGUUGAAGCAGGUCAAGGCGCUCGGCUUGGAUGCGGGCCUGGAUUUCCACGGCCGACUACAUCGGCCCAUGGCCAAACAGCUGAUCAAGGCCCUGGAGCCCUAUCAGCCCUUGUUUAUCGAGGAGCCGCUUUUAUGCGAGCACCCUGAGGCCAUUAAACAGCUUUCGAGCCAGACGAGCAUCCCCAUAGCCUUUGGGGAGCGACUGUACACCCGAUGGGACAUAAAGCGCUUCUUGGAAGAUGCGUCCGUGGACGUUCUACAGCCGGACAUUGCUCACGCCGGCGGGAUCUCGGAGACCAAGCGGAUGGCGACCAUGGCUGAGACGUACGAUGUGGCCAUCGCCCCUCACUGCCCGCUGGGUCCCAUUGCCUUGGCAGCCUCGCUCCAGGUAGCCGUGUCGACUCCCAACUUUGUCAUCCAGGAGAUGUCCCUAGGCAUGCACUACAAUGUCGAGGCAGGCGACAUUGACCUGAACAGCUAUCUUGUGGACAAGACUGUCUUCGAGAUCCAGGAAGGCUUUGUGGCCGCGCCUACCAAGCCCGGACUAGGAAUAGAGAUUGACGAAGAGCUGGUGCGGCGCAUCAGCCAGGAGACGGAGCCCUGGCAGCCCAAGGAGUUCUAUGGGCCCGACGGGUCGAUUCGCGAAUGGUAG